AUGCCGCUGAACUCCAUGCACAUGUACGAGCCGCGGCUGCACAUCGUACGCGUGAAUGUCAUCCCCGGCCAGGGUCUAGAGGCGGUGGGGGUCAUGACCCAGCGGCUCCAGGUCACCCAGUUCGUGGCCGUCACCGCCUACCAGAACGACAAGGUCAGUUACCGGCCACGGGUCAAGGCCCGACAGGCAUUGAGGUCGCGGGGUGACGGCGCUGAAGUGGAGAACAACCCGUUCGCGCGUGCUUUCAACCGUUCGGCAUCGGCGCUGGCCGCCUUCGAACUGAGCCUGGCGCAAGCCGGCCACUGCUGGUCGUUUCAACCCGUACCCUCGCGUGGGCGGCGGCUCGAGCGGCCCGAAGAAGGGCUCUCCCAGGAGCAAGGUGCAGCACUCGUGCCGUACCCCAGGACGCGCCCGACGACACUGUACCCGCCGCCGUACUCCACCGGCCAGCUCCAGACGCUGGGCUCCUACAGCAGCGCCUACGCCGUGCCCGGCGCCGCCGGCGCCAGCGCCAGCGGCGUCUUCUCCCACGCCUCGCCGUCGCAGUUCCACCAGGCCGCCUCGCCGUACGCUCAGGCCGCCUCGCCGUAUGCCCAGGCCGCCUCGCCGUACGCCCAGGCCGUCUCGCCGUACGCUCAGGCCGCCUCGCCCCACGUCCAGAGCGUGUCGCCGUACGGGGGUGCCGUGUACCCGCGUGCGUCGCCGUCGUCGGCAGCGCCGCUCGGCGGGCACUUCCCGCAGCUGUCGCCACCGCAGUUCCCACAGUCGUCGCUGCCGCCGGACAUGAUGACGCCCUACCAGUACCAGCAGUACCAGUACCAGUACCAUGCCAUCGGCUUGACGGCCGUCGAGACGGUUGCCGAGAUGUGA